GAAUCAAGGGAAUUACAACAUGCUCUAUGGUUUCUGGAAAUGGUGUAAGAUCUUAUCUGAAACAGUUUGGAAUGUUUAACCGAUGGUUUAAUGGUUGAGGAACAAUGAUGAGAUUAGAUUUUCUUGUUAAACUAAAACUGGAGUUUGAUAGUAGAAAAUUUCAAUUUCAUAAGAAAAUUGUGGCGGGUCAGGAAUUUAUGGUUUAAAAUAGGAUGGAAAUCCAGCCUGCUGGUUUGUGCCAUCAAAUCAUCUGGAAGAAAGUGAUCCAUUUGAAACUGCUGUGGAAGAAGCUGCUGUGGAUGAAAACAUAGUGGAUGAAACUGCUGUGGAAGAGAUGACAGCUGCAUUUCAAAGUGCGAUGCCCCCUGUCCAAGAUGCUCCUGCGCCUGUUGCGGAACCUGUUGGAGAGCCUCCGAAGCAGACUUAUGCCUCUAUUUUGCGGGUUGCAAGAGGUCAAUCUGCAUCAUCAGUAGCUCCUCAGGCAUCUUUAAACAAGGGUGUGGCACCUACUUCAGAAUGGAAUUCUGCAGGAUGGCCUAAUCCUUCACAGUCAUACCCUUCUUCCGUAAGCGUUCCUGAAAAGUCUGGUGCAGGAUGGUCUAACCCUUCACAGUCCUACCCUUCAUCAAUAAAUGUUUCUGACAAGUUUGGUGGUGAAGCAACGGAUGAAGUCACAGCCAUAGAUGAAGAAGGUGAAGUGAGAUCUGUCUAUGUGAGGAACUUGCCCACUACCAUUUCUUCGUUUGAGAUUGAGCAGGAGUUUAAGAACUUUGGCAGAAUCAAACCUGAGGGUGUGGCCAUCAGACACCGCAAGGAAUUUGGUGUUUGCUAUGCAUUUGUUGAAUUCGAAGAUGCCCAUGGUGUUCAAAAUGCGAUUCAGGCAUCUCCAAUACAGCUUGCUGGGAGGCAAGUACACAUUGAGGAGCGGAGAGCAAACAGCAGUAGCACAUCUCGAGGAGGAAGUAUGUUUCAUUGCACUACCCUAACUUUACCUUACUAAAGCUAUGAUGACUUGUGGAAGGAUGAACCUUCAUCCUUAAUGAUUUGAUCACCGACUUCAUCCUUAGUGAUUGGAUCACUGACUUCUGAUGAAUAUGAAGUCUGGGUUAUGCAAGCCACAGGGAUCCCAAAUACCCCCCCCCCUUUUCCCCUCUCACUAAUAUAUUUGAAGUAAUGCAUCUAUAGCUUACUUUCUUGAAGUUAUUUGAUCUCAUCACUAUACACUGUUAGACCACCAUUGGUUCUGCCUAAGGAAUGCUGCUUUCUGGUAUUCAUGUUAUUAGAAUGCUUGGAUGGAGUUUUCAUGUAGGACUAGGUCAAAGAUAACCAAACCUACAGUACGAUCGUAGGUACUAGCUAGCAGUAGGUUAAUAUGAGAUUCAGCAAUGCAGUAACAUUAAAAAUUUAAAAGAAAAUAAAACAUAGAAGAAGAUGGAUAGAUUCGGGUUGAGCCUCUGAACCAUCCCUGGGCCUCUCACCUGCUCAUAGGGUCUCUCACCUCGCACUCCAUCUCGCAGCCAUUACAAUGGUUUCAAUACGCAAGGAAGCAAUUGUCUGGAACUCAAUCUACUCCACUCAAGUUGUCAUGAGCCCACCAAUUCUGGGUAAAUACCUGCUCAUUAGUCUUUACCGCAAUGAGUAAAUCAAUCCUAGAUUAUCUCCUUAACUUCUGUCCUGAAUUAUCUCCUUCUGCGAGCUGGCUUGGGAUCUUCUAGAAGUCCACAAUCGAAAGCAACCCGACAUCCAAAAACGGUUGGCACUGGAUCCACAGGCAAGGCUGGAAACAUCUUCCUUCAAUUGGUAAACCGAUGGCUAAUACCUUCCCUAAACAAAGCUGAUUGCUAUUCACUAAAUCUGGAACAAUAUUCUGGAGAGUAUCAUCCUCCAAUUAAGGCUGGUCAAUCAGGGUAUGAACAUGGACAGAUUGGUGUUGAAUAUUUCUCUCAACCACCAUCGAUCUACAUCAAGUUUAGCCUCAAAGAAAUGUUUUUUGUUAUUCCGUGAGGCAGGGACCUCUUUGUGACAACUUUUCAUAGAUAUUUUUUGUAGAACAUUCACUGUACUUGUCGGCAGGAGAAAAAUUGAUAUAUCAGACGUAAUAUUUUGUCUAAA